AGUGCACUAAAAAUUGAUCAAUGUAAAUAAAUAAACCAGUCCUUAUCGUUAAUAUCUGCGCCAUACCACACCACAACAUAACGAUUUACAUACGAAACUUUUGAAUUGGAUCUCUACCACGGCCUUGAAAAGAAGAAAUAUCGCCUUGAAUCUCCCCUUCCAUUACACAUUUUGCUGUUUUCAUUUUUAUUUUACCAAGUUAUCUAGUCUCAUCGCAGCUUUGCAUUGUUAUUAUUAAAUAAAUACAAACCGGCGUUCAAUUUUGAGGAUAAUUAUGCAAAACGGGUUGAUUUUUGUUUAAUGUUAACUGUUUUUUACCUGUGUUAAGUGUGUCAUUGUGCCAGAAGUUAGGUUAGCUUUAUUUUACGCCGUUCAGUGAAAAACUGUGAGAAAUAUGAAUCCUCCGCCUCUUCCUAUGUUGGUACCCUACCAACAGUACUUCAAUGCUUAUCCAGUAAUUAAUUAUCAACAACCCCCAAGCGCAGCUAACGGCUAUGGCUGGCAUGGAAAUGGAUAUGGAUGGCAGUUGGAUCCGAGUUCAUGGCAGUGUGCACCACCAAAUGCUGAAGAAACUGGUGCUCCUGUUGUGGAGGAGCCCCCUGUUAUGGCUCAGAAAGUUACCAAACAGAAUGCAUGGUUCUCUUCUCGAAUGUUUGACCCGACCUUACCGGAUUCUGAUAAGUUCGGUGAAAAAGGAUCUGGUACACGCACAAAAAGUGGAGAUUCUCAAGAUUUUUAUACGCUACGUGAUGAAUGCUUAGCAAAUGGAACACUCUUUGAGGAUCCAGAAUUCCCUUGUAAUGAUUCAUCGUUGUUCUUCAGUCAAAGACCUGACAGGAAUUAUGAGUGGAAGCGACCCCAUGAAAUUAGUAACGACCCCAAGUUUUUUGUGGAAGGGUUUUCCCGAUUCGACGUACAGCAAGGAAUACUUGGAGAUUGCUGGCUUUUGGCAGCUACAGCAAACUUAACUCUUAACAGCCGCUUGUUCUUCCAAAUCGUGCCAGAUGAUCAAGAGUUUGACGAUAAAUACGCAGGCAUAUUCCAUUUUAGAUUUUGGCAAUACGGAAAAUGGAUAGACAUAGUAAUUGACGAUCGGUUACCCACAUAUAGAGGAGAAUUAGUAUUUUUACAUUCUGCUGAAGAUAAUGAAUUUUGGAGUGCUCUCUUAGAAAAGGCCUACGCAAAAUUAAAUGGUUCCUAUGAAACAUUGAAGGGAGGUUCAACAUGCGAAGCCAUGGAAGAUUUUACUGGUGGCGUUUCUGAAAUGUACGAAAUGGAAUCCAGUCCACCAAAUCUGUUCCAAAUCAUGGUUAAGGCCUAUGAAAGGAGUUCCCUUAUGGCUUGUUCGAUUGAGCCUGACCCACGUGUUCUAGAAGCUCACACACCACAAGGUCUUAUUAGAGGUCACGCAUACAGUAUAACUAGAAUAAAAUACGUUGAAAUUCAUACUCCAAAUGUUUCCGGUAAAAUACCUCUCCUAAGGCUUCGAAAUCCUUGGGGUAAUGAGGACGAAUGGAAUGGAGCCUGGAGUGACGAAGCUCCAGAAUGGCGAUAUAUUUCACAAGAAGAAAAAGAAGAGUUAGGUCUUACAUUUGACAAAGAUGGUGAAUUCUGGAUUUCAUUCAAAGAUUUUAUGAAAUAUUUCAGCAGAUUAGAAAUUUGUAAUUUGAAUCCUGAUUCUCUCUCGGAAGAUGAAUUACAUGAAACUCAUAAGAAAAAAUGGGAAAUGUCUGUAUUUGAAGGCGAAUGGGUUAGGGGUGUAACAGCCGGUGGUUGUAGAAAUUUCCUUGCUUCCUUCUGUCAUAAUCCACAAUACAGAGUUACUUUGACUGACGUUGACGACGACGAUGAUGAGAACAAAUGCACAAUAAUCGUAGCGCUAAUGCAGAAAAAUCGAAGAGCUCUACGUCAGAGUGGCGCCGAAUUACUUACCGUUGGUUUUGCUAUAUAUCACUUAAAAUAUCCAGACAGACUUCCAAAACCAUUAGACAUUAAUUUCUUCAAAUAUAACGCAUCAGUGGCACGCUCUCCGUCCUUUGUCAAUUUACGUGAAGUCAGCUGUCGAUUUAAGCUACCUCCUGGAACAUACUGCAUCGUACCUUCCACAUUCGACCCCAACGAAGAAGGAGAAUUCAUACUUCGAAUUUUCACAGAAAAACAAAACGUUAUGGAGUAUGGUUACAAUUAUGAUAAUAUUAGACAUCUCCGGGAUACUGUGGACGAGGAAGAGGAGGAGGAGGAAGAUAGACCUACCGCUCCCUCGUUUCCCUCAUAUCCACAUUCGUAUCCUUCUCACCCAGAACCACAUAGUCCCUCCUACCCUCAACCUAGUAGUCCUUCUUAUCCGGAACCUAGCACUCCUUCUUAUCCUUCGCCAUAUUCUAAUUAUCAUGGAGGAUAUUCUCAACCUCCUCAACCCAAUUAUCCCAAUUAUCCAAGUCAUCCUGGAUAUCCUCCUAGCAAUCCGGGAUAUCCGCCACCUUCAGACGGAUAUUCUGGAUACUCUGGAUACAACCCACAGGCUGGCGGUGGCUAUUAUCCUCCUCCUAGUCAGUAUCCUGGUUAUCCACAAUAUCCUCCAAGGAGAGAUGAUGAUACUAAUGACCCUAUUAAGGGCAUUACAAAUUUCUUUAAUAAGCUAUUUAAAUAAGUCUCUAAUUUAUUUUUUUUUACAAGUUAAAGUUGUGAUGUAUCGCCUCGAAAUUAUUUAAUAGCUAUGGUUAAAUAUUCCCACUGUUCAGAAAGUAUUUCAACGAUUCAGGUUUUUAAAGUUAACAAUAUUCUAGUUUUUACUAUUAAAAUAAAACUGGAGUAUCACUUAAGUUCAGUGUUUGGUAAAGAUUAGAUUUCUCAUAAAAAGAAAUACACGAGAAAUAAAAACUAAUUUACGUUAACAUGCUUCUACUUAUCUGGGAAGUUAAAAUUAACAAAGCACAUUAAUAGAUGUAUAUAAAAUUAUAAUUGGGCAAAAUGACAAUAACAUUGGCGCCUUUUCUACUGUUUGUAAUAUCUGAUGUUGAAAAUUAUAAUUGCAGUUUUAUUCAUAGUUGGCAACGUAAUUCUGAGCUAAUUGUUCCAUUUCAAUGUAUUAUAUUUUUCUUUUCAUUACAAUUUAUAGGAUACAUGGCAUACAUAACAUUUGUUCAUAUGGUAUAUAUAGUCACUAUGUCUAUGAUAACGCCUAAAAUAUUCUGCCUUAUUGAAGUUUUUUAUGCUAAAUACUCAAUUGGUUCACUUCUCAAACUUUGAAUCAAUAUAUUUGCUACAGUCCUUCUUUUUUUGAUGUCAUUUUACAAAUUUUACGUGAUAUCCAAUGCUUUUUUCUAAUCUCUACGAAGGUUAUAAAUGUGGUUAACUUUUUCAUUGAAUUACUUUUAUGUUUAAAAUAAACUCAUUUUAACUAGAGCUCUUUGCGAAUCCAGUUUCUUCCAUUGUUCAGUAGAUAAUUAAUUUAGACUUUAUGACGACAAAUCAAGAAUUAUGGAUAAAAUAUCGACUCACACAGUUUAAAAUUAGACUCUAUUGUUACCAGCAGCGACAUCGAGGUACUACUAACUAAGAAUAUAGUAGUUCCGGUGCAAUAUUUUGGAAUGAAUAGUUGGAUCAACAGGAUUCAGUAUUUGCUAACCUGAUUUAAGUGCCACUCCUUUUCAUAAUACUUUCUAUACAUACUAUAUAAACGUAUUAACUUUCAUAGUACUAAGCACUAGACUUAGUGCUAGUACAUGGUACUAGUACUAAGUUAAUUUUAUAAUAAUUAUUUCUAACCCAGACAGCUUUUUUAAGGUCAUAAUUAUUAUAUUAGUUCAAAAGAAAUGCAACUAAACGCUACUGAUAAGUAUAUUUCUAACUUGAAGGAUUUUCCCGUAUGUAACAUAUAAUUUAUUAAUAAAUAUACAUAGUGCAAUUAAUUUAAUAAGUCCCUUGAAACUCUUUACAUGCAUCGCGACAGUGUUUAUGAUUGUGAUAGUUAUUAAUACCUCUAUAGUGUAGGGAACAAAUACUCAAACGAAGAAUCGAUCUGAGAUCACGAAACAAAAAUUUACUUUGGCCAGAAGAAGCAAUACUGUUAACACCAUAGUAAAAUGAAUAAAACUAAUACUUCGUCACGUUUCAUUACCUGGGCGAAAUUUGAAGAUUAAUUUGGCAAUUUUAGUCUUAUGUUCAGCUGCUCUAGAUGCUAUUUUAUAAAUCUAAACCAAACUAUUAACCUUUUAUCAAAAACGUUCUUCCUCUUACAUGACUUUUCUGUCUUUUAUUUAGCUUCUGUUACGUUUUGUAAGGGCGCAUACUUAGUUCCUUUUACAAACGUGUCACAUAUUUAAGCGUUUUUAAGUUGGUUAUUUCUUCACUUGUUCGGUAGUAAAUGGAAUGUUCCCAAAUGUCCUUUUCAAGUUCGAUCCUUUUGUAUAAUGAAAUUGUCAAAAUAUAGGAUCUUGGCAUUCUCGUUCUCAGCGUUAGAAUAAUAUUAAUACACAGAAAUGUAUAGAACUUUAUGAAUGCUGAACGCUAUCUAUAUGUAAUUUAUUUUAUUUCAUCGCUGUAUCGAUUAUUAUUGUUAGUUUUUUUUACUUCUUACUGGAGCUUUUCUUUUGAGGUUUACUAGGCUAUUUUUCAGUAGUUCUUCAUCUUCGGAAAUAUGAUUUAGUUAAGGAAUCCAGUUCCAAAUAUCAUGCCUUACAAAAUAUGUUCUUCUAAAAGACUUUACUUCUCGAACGGUAGAUAAGAAAAUAAAAGGUAUUUAUAUCCAUGAACAUCAUUUACAAAUGAAUAGGUAUAAUGUUAAUCUCAAUUUUUAAUUAAUCUGCACGUUAUUCGGGUCCAUAUCAGGAGAAUAUUCAAAAAAAAUAAACUUCAUAAUUUGGUAUCAGGUAGAACAAACUGAUAAGUAUAUCUAUGAAGUCGUGUUUACGAUUACUUAUGUUCACGUUCAACUAAUGGCUUUCUAGUUCAACCAAAAUAGUCUUUGACAUCCUAAAGGCAUCCUGGCAUCUUGAGUAUUAUUUAGAGGGAUCAUGUAAAUUAAGAUAUAAACAAUUUGGAAACUACAAAUCAACAAUCUAGAAACUAUUCCAAUAGAGUAUGUAGAAAUUUCAUAUGUAAUUUGAAUUAGUUGACUGUUUUUUGCUAUUUUUUGUUAAUAGAAAUAUACAUAUUGGUUACAGUUGUAUUUAAUUUGAAACUAUUCGAAAAUAUUGCUUGAAAAUAAAAAUAAAUCCAAUAUAUGCAACACGGUUAAACAUAUCUCAGAUAGUAAACUUUUAUGCCAUUAGUUUUAUUCAGGUAUAUUUUAUAAUAUGAAUUUUUCUUUCCAACAAUUGGUGUAUCACUUUUUUAUCGAGCAAUCGUGCAUCACUCUUUUUAUGUUUUUUUUUUUUCAUUAUAAGUCAUUAUAACUAAGCCGUUGACAAAGUUUAUUAUAAAAAAACUAAGAAUAUUCUUGUGGUGCUUACGAAAAAAUGAUAAAAAAAUCUACGGAAUAUGAAUAUAUAGUAAGUUUAUAACUAGAUCACUAGUAAAUAUAGUUCGUGCCACCUAGUAAAAUCAGCACAGAUUUCGUGUGUUUUCACCACCACCCGCUUCUCAGUAACAUUUGAAAAUCAUAAAUCAUAAUUCUCAGUAACAUUUAAAAAUACUAGUUGCGCGACGUUGUCCUUUCUUAUUGGAUAUUGGACACAGGAGAACGACGUAUAAGAGGUAGAUAAAUGGAAGAAAUAUUUAAAUUUAUUUUAAUAAAUCCUUUAAUUUAUUAAACGUGGUAAUUUUUAUACCUUUCAUUACCACUGUAAUGUAUAUUCAAUAUAUUCAUAUUUCCACAAUUUUAUUAACUUUUUCUGAGAUGUUUAACCUUGGAAGUAUUUAUUGAACGAAAAAGCAUGUAGAUGAUUGUCACCAUUUGACGAAAAUGAACAAAAAUAUUUACUUCACAUAUGCAAGAAAUCUGCAAAUUACUAAACCUAACUUACGCAUGCUUAAAUUCAAUUCAUUGCUUUUCACGCACUUAGGAAUUUGGUUUUGGUACUCUUGGUUUAGAGAUUGAAAUUGCUAUCUAAUCUAAUAUUCAUAUAAGAUAUAUAUGAGAAAAAAUAUCAUUUUGGACAAGAAAACCAAUUAUGACCACAUAAAUGCAAAAUAUUGGAAUAUUUGAUACAAUAUCAUUAUUAAUAGUACUCAGUUUUUAUAACCUUUUUAUUUAAAUUUUUAUAUAGUCAGUUUUGAAAUUAAAUUAAAAAUGCUCAUCGAAUUUAAAUUGUGGUCUACUUAUCGUGGUAUUGAUUUUUGUCCAUUUCGUAUAGUAUUAGUGAGAUUCUUAAAGUGUAGGUAGCUAAAGUCAGUAUUGAAUAGCAUUUGAUAUAUUUUUUGUACAAGAUAUUUUAACGAGAGCCACAACCAAAUUGAGCCUUAUGGAACGUAAACUUACUACAGGAAAUACUAUAUAUAAAAGAAGUUACCUUCUACUAUUUAUAUCUAUUCCUGUAAUAUAUCCUGUUAUGAAUUUAAAAUAGCAAAUAUAUGCAUAUUUUAGCAGCUACCGAGAUACAUAAUUUUAAAUCCAUAUCAGGCAAUCUACAAUCAUAUUUCCGACCAUAUUACCGCUAUUAACGCAAAACAUUUAGAUUGUAAGUUUGUACAGACACGUUUUUAAUGUUGAGAUUAAUAUUUAUGAAUGUUAAUUAAAUAAAAAAUAUAUUCGAGUUCAAAAAACUUAUUUUAACAUUGAGACUCUUUUAACCCCCUCC